CGGUGGAAAAAAAAUCGUCGGCUCAACGAGUGCAGCAGAUCAGAGCAGGGCCCAACAAAACGAACAACAACCACAUUUGCAAUAAAAACAUAACAGAAGCAUCAAGAUGUCACAAGAUGAAGAGGAAGUUGAUGAAUUUGAGUUGCAACUGAAACAAGAGGAGUUGGAAAGGUUAGCCAAAGAAGAAGGGUCAACUCUGCCCAAAGGAACAACUUAUACUGACGAUGAUGGCACUGUCAUGGAAUGGGAUCAUGAAAGAAAGGCUUACUUUCCAAAGAUUGAUGCAGAUUUCAUAGCACAGUAUCAAAUCAAUUAUGGUGCAAGUAGUGAUCAGAAUCAAGAUGGUUGGGAACGACUCACUGAAGAGGAAAAACAGGCCAGGUAUGAUGAAUAUUGGAACAGCUAUUACCAAGCUUACUCCAAAGAGCAACCCGCUCUUCCAAAGAUAGAUGUUGAAGGUAACGAGAUCGAGGAGGGGGAAGAGGAGGAAAAGUCGGAGAAAAAGCAGAAAAGUAAAAAGGAUAAGUCGGGAGAGAAUUCCGCUGGUGUAGAAACGGAUGUCACAGCCUCGACUGAUGAAGUCGUUUCGGACCCAACUUCUGAGGAGCACUACCAGUACAACUUGUACUACUUUGGGCAGGAAUACGCCGACGCCUACAGGGACUAUUACACAGAUCACCCAGAUGAAGCUGCGAUGCCAGACUGGAUCGCUCAAAGAUCGAGUGAAAGGGGAGAGGGCAGUGUGUCGGAAAACAAAGACAAGAAGAAAGGAAAGCAGAAACCAGAAAAGGGGGAGAAGAGGAAGGAGCCUCCUAGAGAAGAAGGGUGGUUCGAAAUGGACUCUGAAGCAUCGACUCAGCUGUAUGUGUCGGGGCUCCCCAGUGAUGUGACGGAGGAGGAGUUUAAGGAAGUGAUGAGCAAGUGUGGCCUCAUCAUGUUUGACCCGCUCACACGCAAACCCAAGCUCAAGCUCUAUAUGGACAAAGAGGGAAAUCUGAAGGGAGACGGACUCUGCACCUACAUUAAACCUGAGUCGGUUGAGUUGGCUUUGAACAUCCUGGAUGAGUUUGAAGUGAGAGGUCACAGGAUAAGUGUGCAGAGAGCCAAGUUUGAGCUGAAGGGAGAUUUUGACCCCAAGAAAAAGAGAAAGAAACUCAGCAACAAAGCCAAGCAGAAAUUGAAGGAAAAGCAGCAGAGAUUAUUUGACUGGCGUCCAGACAAGAAUCCGUAUGAGCGCUCGAAAAAUGAACGGAUUGUCAUCCUGAAGAACAUGUUUGAUGUGUCAGAAUUUGAUGCUGACCCUACUCUGAUCAACGAGUUCAGGGCAGAUGUCAGAGACGAGUGCCUCAAAUUUGGAGACGUGAAGAAAGUUGUCCUGUAUGACAGAAAUCCAGAGGGUGUCAUCUCGGUGACCUUCAAGGAGGCGGAGGAAGCAGACAAAUGUAUCGCGGCACUCAAUGGUCGCUGGUUUGCCAAACGACGCAUCACGGCCGCAGCGCACGAUGGCAAGACGAGGUACGAAGUCCAAGAGACGGAGGAGGAAAAGGCCAAGCGCUUGGCAGGGUGGGACUCUUUCCUGGCCGACGACACGCAGACAAAGACAGCAGCGCCCUCUAGCCUCACCGAAGGGGGCUCGGGGGGCACUGGGGGCGUGGGGGGAACUGAUGAAGGUGA